AGCUCACUCAUUCUGCCAUUUUCUAUGAUGGAAGUGAUGAAAGAGAAGAAGAGGAUCUGAUCUUUUUUGCAUUUUCUCUCUAGAAAUUCUCUCCCUCCAAACAGAAUUUGCGGAUUCACCGUAAUCAGACCAUGGAUCUUGCGAAUGAGGAGCUGCAAUUUCUUUCUAUACCUGAUAUUUUGAAGGAAUCAACCUCGAUUCCCAAACAAUCCCCAAAAGCAUUUUAUCUGAUAACCCUAACCCUAAUUUUUCCACUCUCCUUUGCGAUUCUUGCGCAUUCACUCUUCACCCACCCUCUCUACAGCCAAAUCCAAGCCUCAGACCCAAGGCACACCCACCAUCAAUGGACCCUUCUCUUGACUUUCCAGCUCUGCUACCUCAUCUUCCUCUUCGCCUUGUCGCUCCUCUCCACAGCCGCGGUCGUCUUCACCGUGGCCUCCCUUUACACCUCCAAGCCCGUCUCAUUCGCCUCCACCAUGGCCGCAAUUCCGCGGGUUUUCAAGCGCCUCUUCAUCACCUUCAUCUGGGUUAGCCUUCUCAUGAUCACCUACUACGCGGUGUUCUCCGCCGCCGUGGUGCUCCUCAUCAUCGCCGUCGAUGUGCAGAGUCCCCUGCUCUUCUUCUUCGCGCUGGUGGUCAUUUUCCUGCUCUUCGUCGUCGUCCAUGUCUACAUCACCGCCCUGUGGCACCUCGCAAGCGUAGUGUCGGUGCUGGAGCCGGUGUACGGGUUCGCGGCGAUGAAGAAGAGCUAUGAGUUGUUGAAGGGGAAGACGAGGAUGGCGGCAGCGCUGGUGUUCGUGUACCUCGUGAUCUGUGGAGUCAUAAGCGGGGUCUUCGGGGCAGUGGUGGUUCACGGCGGGGAAAUGUAUGGGGUGUUUUUCAGGAUUGUGGUUGGUGGGUUUUUGGUUGGGGUUUUGGUGAUUGUGAAUUUGAUUGGGUUGCUGGUUCAAAGCGUGUUCUACUAUGUAUGCAAGAGCUACCACCAUCAGGGUAUCGAUAAAAGCGCUUUGCUCGAUCAUCUUGGUGGGUAUCUUGGGGAGUAUGUGCCUCUCAAGAGCAGCAUUCAGAUGGAAAACUUGGAGGUCUGAGCAUGGAGCAGAUCAUAAGAAGGAACAACUGCACAAUGAGCUAGCGAGGAUGAGGAAUGAGACACACAAUCUUCAACUGAGUCUGCAGCGCUACACCGGCGAUGACUUGAGCUUCAUACAGUUCAAGGACUUGAAUGAACUUGAACACUCAAUUAAGAAGGUUCGAGCCUGAAAAGUAUUACUAAUUAGUUUCCUCUAUCUCAUUUUUCAGACAUUCAUCCAUAAUUAACCUUACCAAUUAAUGGUUUGAAUCCAUGUUGAUAACUUUGAGAUUCAACUUCUUCAUUGAAUAUGAAAAUAUACCAACUUGUUCUGUUUCAGAAUUCAGUUAUUGAUGAACGAUCCAAUUAUCUCUGGAUAUGAAAAACAAUGUUGAGUUUUUUGAAUUGAGCAAUAACUUUUGCAUGCAAGGUGUAGGUUCUGGUACCUCAUUCAAUUCUUUAGGUUAUGAAUUUUUUUCUGAUUCUAAUUGUCCUUUUUUAAGAGGUGGGGGUGAAUUUUCUAAAUGUGAAGGGGGGUUGCCCAUGAUGGGGUAUGGAGACUUGAGUUUGUGAGCAGAAGGAUCUUUCAUCAUAUGGUUAGGGCAGGGUUUUUUGUUGCUCUGAAAAUGUCAUUUAUUCUUAUCUGGAAGCAAAGAAUUUGCAAAUGGUCAGUUAAACAAAUGGAUAUUUAUGUCUUUGCGCUUAAGGUAAGGUCUGUCAUCCUACUGCUAGGGCAUUCAUUAUUUUCACAUCUUUAUAUUGUCAUCUCUAACUGUCCUACUUUGUUGAAGCAAUCACCUCUCACAGUCAGAAUAAUUCAGCAGAGCAUGUUCUUGUUCAUAUUGUGUUGUGGUUGGAUGCAUGGGGAUGAGCAAGAACUGGGUUUGCUUCAUUUUGGGUGGGUUCUUUCCAGUAUAUGGCAAACCAUCUUCUCAAUUCUAAGGAACUUCUAAAUUUAUAUAUGCUAUGAUUGAUCGAAUCAUUUUGCCUUUGAA